AUGGAAGUAGUAGGUGGUGUUGCAAGCGUAAUUACGCUUGUGGAGGUGGCCGGGAAGAUUGGGUUAUUAUGCGCCAGAUAUACCAACGAAGUCCGAAGUGCCAAAGCUGAGGCAGAAAGACUCCAGACGGAGGCAAAGGUUCUCGAAGAUCUAUUCACCAAGGUUGACGACCUGCUUAAAGGGCCGUCUGGCGCCAAAUUGGAAGCCUCGCGGGGACUGAAGGAUGUUCUUAAAAAUAGCAUGAAUAUACUUGAGGACAUUCAGAAAAAGUUGGAGCGAGGGCAAAAAUCGAAGACAGCAAGGUUUCUAAGUAAAUUACCGGAAUCCCUAAAUGUCGAGAGCUUAACAUGGCCUUUUAAGAAAAGCAACAUUAACAAAGUAUUCGAAAAUCUGGAAACUUUGAAGAAGGAUAUCACUUUAGCCCUUGUGGUUGACGGGGUCGCACUUGACGCUGCUAGAGACCAAAACAAGAAUAUCGACAAACUGGGCGAUGCUUCUGUUAAAGAAGCGAUGUUUGGAUCGGCCCAGGACCAGGAAGAGCCACAAUGCCUCCCUCAAAAUAGAAUUGAAGUUCUCAAUAUCAUUGAAACAUGGAUUUCAGGCCAGCGUGAUAGCAACAUCUUCUGGCUACGCGGAAUAGCUGGGACUGGCAAGUCUACGAUAGCGCGCACAAUUGCUCUCAAACUCGAGAGCACUAGCCAGUUGGGUGCAAGCUUUUUCUUCAAGAAAUCUGAGGCUGGCCGCAACAAUGCUUCGAAGUUCUUCCCUACCUUAGCCUAUGGCCUUGCCAAAUAUCUGCCGGAGCUACUUCCACACGUCAGCAAAGCGAUCGAGGACGAUUUUGAUACACUUAAAAAAAGCUUCAAAGAGCAGUUCGAGAAAUUCUUGCUGGAACCCCUUUCAAAAAUAAUCUGCAAUCUAACGGUAGUCAUAGUAAUUGACGCUCUUGAUGAAUGUGAAAACGGGAGGGAGAUACCGCUCAUUCUUGGUCCUCUGGCACGGCUUAGUGAGCUAAAAGAUAUCGACAUACGAGUUUUCAUCACGAGUAGACCGGAUCACGCACCCUCUACGAGUUUUGAGGAACUAUCUCAUCAGAAAAUACAAUAUCACGACUUGGCUUUGCAUGAUGUCGCCCUUGAAACCGUCAGGCACGAUAUACGGAUUUUCCUAGUGCACGAGUUUGCUCGAAUACGGGAUCGCUGUUCUAAGAGGUCCAACAAAAUCACAGAUGACUGGCCAGGAAGUACGGUUAUUGAACAGCUUGUGAAUAUUUCGGAGCCUUGGUUCAUAUCGGCAGCGACAAUAUGCCGUUUCAUCGACGACAAUAACGAACGGCACUUCUCGCCAAACCAGCGUCUGAACACAAUCUUGACAUCAGGUUGCAAAGUGUCCGGGGUUUAUAGAAUAUACAUCACAGUCUUUGAGCAAAUACUUCGCGACCUAGACGAAUUGAGUAUCCAGGACAGAGAAACGAUAACUAAGGAAACUCGAAAAAUUAUCAGCACUAUUGUCACGCUCGAAUCUCCUCUCUCCCGGAAUUCGCUCUCAGAUUUGAUCAAUAUGGAGGAUGAAACAAUUUAUUACAGACUCCAGGCAUUUCGAUCAAUUCUAAAGGUUCCGGCCAAUCCCCAUGGCCUCGUGCAAACCUUCCACCUCUCUUUCAGAGACUUCCUUCUUGACGAAGAUUUAAAAAAGAGGGCCGAAAACUCUACUCUACAAGGCUAUAUCUCGGUGGAUGAAGUCGCAACUCAUCAGAGCCUAGCUAAAGAUUGUAUCAGGCUGUUAUCACAAAACCUUAGGAGGAAUAUCUGCAGCCUGAAAUUCGCAGGGCCUUUAAGGCUGAUAGAUGACCACGAAAUCAAACGACAGAAUAUAUCUACAAGCCUUGAGUAUGCUUGUAAGUACUGGGUACACCAUGUUAAGAAAAGCCAAUGCCUCAUUGAAGAUGGCGGCUACGUACACGAUUUCCUCCAAGUUCAUCUGUUGCAUUGGUUCGAAGCAACAAGUAUUUUGGCCAUAUCCUCGAAUAAUAUAUAUUUAAUCAAAGAUCUACAAUCUAUAGCGCGGAACGACGACAAAGCAGUCAAACUCUUGGAACUCCUAAGGGAUAUCGAAAGAUUUAUCCGAUUCAAUCAAUCCUUAAUUGCCGAGGCUCCCCUGCAGAUGUAUAUGUCUGCAUUACUUUUUUUGCCAGAAAAAAGUGUAGUCAAGGCUCUCUUCUCCCCUAGUUGUUUAGACUGGGUUCGAAAGACACCGGUCAUCGAGGAAGAUUGGGGACUGCAGCUACAAACACUCGAAGGUCAUAAGGGCUGUGUUUCGUCCGUAAUAUUCUCGCUGGACAGUAAGUUGUUAGCGUCAGUGUCGAAACGUGAUCAAACGAUUAAAUUGUGGGACACAGUCUCCGGAUGGAAUAUACAUACAUUGGAGGAGCCCGAGGUCACGUCCGCCGCUUUCUCGCCAGAUGGAGAACAGCUCGCAUUAGGGUCCCGAAGAAUCUCUAUAUGGAAUGUGGCAUCUGGAGAACUGAUACAGACGGUGGGUCGAGAUCAUCGACAUAGAUCUGUGUCAUCCCUUGCAUAUUCUCCAGAUGGUAGGCAACUCGCAGCGGGCUCAAUCGGCGGGGAAAUAUGGCUUUGGGACGCAAAUUCCGGGGUUCUUUUGCAAUCAUUCCUCAGCCAUGAAACUCCUAUUAUCUGUGUAACAUUCUCACCAAACAGCAAGCUGCUAGCAUCAGCGGCGUUCGAAAAUACAGCUAAAUUGUGGGAUGUAAUGGCCGGCACGCUAUUACAAACCUUUUGUGGACAUACAAAUUAUGUGAGUUCGGUGGUAUUCUCUGCGAAUGGGACAUUACUAGUGACUGGAUCGCCGGACUCAACGAUUAAAAUCUGGGAUGUGAACUCAGGAGCCGUCAUUCAGACGCUUCGCCAGCCUAAAGAUCCAGCGAUAUACUCAGUUUCGUUGUCACCAGAUGGCAGAGGACUAAUAUCUGCAAUCAAAGGGGGAGGGGUCGGACUGUGGGACUUGCGCACAGAUCCCUGGACUCUCAUGACGGAAAUAUAUAACCAUAGCGACGAUGCGAGUUCCGUGUCAUUUUCACCCGAUGGCACGUUGUUUGCGUCAUCAUCACGGGAUCGGACCACCAAGCUUUGGGACGCAACUAAGUUCUGGGGUAAACUUGACUCUGACUGUAAGCUUCGCAAAGAGGGGAGUGAUCUACACUCAAAUAUCGCCCAAACGCAUAGGAGAUAUGUUUUCCCGGGGCAGAUAGUGGGAUUAUCGCCAGAACGCAGACUGGUAGCCGUAAAACCGUUAGAUUCAACGGGUGUCGAAGUCUGGGAUCUGAUAUCGGGCACCCAUAUACUUACACUCAAUCUUCAAAGUAGGCCUAAGAUAGUUUCAUGGUCUUCUAAUAGGAAAUUAGCUGUGGCGUUUGAAGGCACCAGACAAAUUCAAAUCUGGGAUGCGAAAUCCGGGGAGCUCAUACGCACACUUGGAGGUCAUUCAGUAACAUCAAUGACAUUCUCACCGGAUAACCAAGUGCUUGCAACUGGAACAUAUAAGCUUACAGUUGAGUUAUGGGAUGUUGGCUCCGGGGCAUUUUUGAAAGCUUAUCAGAGUAAUGGUAUAGCAGAAUAUAUAGCAUUCUCGCCGGAUAGUACCAUCAUCGCGGCUUUAAACCCAAUGUGCGGGCUUAAAUUCGGGAGCACUCUUUCGGAGGAUCUCCUAUACAACUUUGAUUAUUUUCACAGAGAUUUCGAAAUUGCAACGCUAGCAUUUUCACCGGAUGGUAAUCGACUUGUGACAAUAUCAGACGCCGUAGUCGAACUCUGGGGCAUCGACAUGGCUUCAAAAGGGUUCAAACGCUUAGGUGGUAUAUACGAUUCGCAUGGAGACGAAUCCAGCCUAAUGAAGCAGAACCAAACCAACUUUAAGAUCAGUUGCACGGGUUUUAGCCCCAAAGAAAAUUGUGUAUCAUUUUCAUCAGACGGCACCACUUUGAGGCUAGACACAGGCCUCAUAGACAUGAGUCUCCUCGGGUCAGAUCCUCACCGCGUUGUUUUUUCCCCUAGUCAGAAACACUAUUACUGCGAUGCAGAUGGGUGGCUUUACUGGGGUAUAAAUCCCGUUAAGUCUCUUUGGUUUCCCGUAGGGUAUCGACCGAAGGAGCUAUACAAGCAUGGUUCUCUCUUUGUGAUGCUGACCGAUUCUUCUUGUUUGGAACAUCUUGAGAUCGAUGAAGAUGCGUUUACUAAGUAUUUUUGA